AUGGCUGGCACCGCGGUUGUCAAGGCCCUUGUGGCAUCUUUGCUUCUGGGUUCAGGCGCUUCAGCGUCUCCUUUGGUUAAGAGACAAACCACGCUCACGCUUGAUGGUGUACAGGAGCAGGCCCUUGCUAACGCGUACAAGGUACUGGAUGGGACUCUAUCGGAUGGCUUGAACAGGUCCACAUCAUGUAACAAAGACACUGUUGCUGUACGCAAAGAAUUCGGCGACCUCACUAAAGAGGAGCGGAAGGCAUAUACAACAGCCGUAAAUUGUAUUUUAAAGGCUCCAUCCAAGCUUCCUGCCGGUCAAUACCCGGGCGCAAAGUCUCGCUACGAUGAUUUUGUGGUCGUCCACAUGAACAUGACGCCAUCCGUUCAUGCCACCGCAAACUUCAUGCACUGGCAUCGCUACUACAUAUGGGCGUAUGAAACAGCGCUUCGCACGGAAUGCGGCUACGAAGGCUACCAGCCCUACUGGAACUGGGCAAAGUACAAGGAUUUAGUCAACAGCCCCAUCUUCAACGGCGAUGAGUGGAGCAUGGGUGGCAACGGCGAUCCAAUUGGCCCACACGCUGGCAUGAGUGUAGGACCGGGACAAACGCUUCCAGGCGGUCCAGGCGGUGGUUGCAUAUCUGAAGGUCCUUUUACCAACCUGACAAUCCGUCUCGGUCCCAUAGCAUCCACCAUGGACCCCAAGCUGAACAUUAAGCCCAAUCCGCGUGCUGAUGGCUUCGGUGACAAUCCUCGCUGCCACCGGCGUGACGUGAGUAACUUCUUCACAGAAAGUUACUUGCGGCCUCAGGACCUCCUAUCCCACAUCACCAGCAACAAAGCCAUCGGCACCUUUCAAGAUUCUCUCCAGGCCAGCAAUACCAACAACCUUGCUGUGCUUCACAUUGCUGGUCAUUUCAGCAUAUGGGGCGACCCUGGCGGUGAUGUGUACGUGAGCCCUGCUGAACCAGCCUUCUGGCUGCACCACAGCCAGCUCGAUAGACACUGGUGGAUGUGGGCCAUGUAUCAGGAGAAGGAGAUCAAGUCUCGGACGAGUAUGUACGAAGGCGGCACCCAUUGGCUGAUACCCAACAGCCCUAGAGGCAAAUCGACGGAUGAGCAGGAGCUGAACGUUGCAGCUCCACCGGUCACGAAGAUGGCGACCCCGCAAGCGAAACGUCGCCGGCUAAAUGAAGCCACCAAGACGCUCCAGAAGCCGUUCAAAUCGCCGUUCCGCACGCCCUUGAAGCCUAGCAUAGGAGACGAUCCGCCAUCCUCAGAUCCGCCUGAGCUACACACUCCUGCCCGCAAGGUCUCGGAGACAAACAUCAACACUGCCAGGAAUAUCGCUCCUACGAGCCAUUAUGCACAGCACUCAACCACCGCUGAGCCAUCUACACGGCCACUGCCAACGCCGGCAACGUCCAAGGUGACAGCACGUGUCUCGAAAACUUUCGUCUCACGGCCAAACACGACCACACCUUUGCGGCCCGCUUCAAAGAAGACAGCAUCGAAACCCUCAGUCGCACGCGAGAUCAUGCAACUCCGCAAUGAGAUCCAGAUGCUUACACAAGCUCAGACACUCGCUACCUCUACAAAAGACGACGAUUUGGUUAUGCUAAUAGAUAAAUGGCGCACAGCGAGUCGUGCAGCUGCCGAAGAGUUGUUUGGAAGUACUCGAGACAGAGUCAAUAGAAUGGGCGGGGUAGGCGCGUGGAAGGAACGUGAGAAGGAAUCAAAGGAACGGCAGAUGCAAUGGGAUAAGGAAGAGAUGGAGGCAGAGCGAGAGAAGAUGGAAAAAGCCAAAGAGAGUGGAGAUGUCUCGGAAGAAGAGUAUGAUCGGUAUGCUGAGAUGGACUCGGAGAGAGAGAAAGGAGAUGAGGAGAAGGAGACGUUCAAGUGCGCAGACGACGAUUCUUUUACGAUGGACAUGAUGCUCAAGACACUCAACAUCGACCUCAAGCUCAUCGGUUACAACAAGGAAGCGCAAAGGUGGGAUGGAUAA